AUUGAGGUUAGAAAUUUAAAAUUAUUAAAUGAUACUUUUUUUAUGUGCAGAAAAAUAAACAGUCAAAACAGUUCAGAGACAAGACAACUCUAUACUAAUCGCAAUGUUGAAAAGUUGAAUGUGAGAAAAUGUGUCAGAAAUUGUUCAAUAUUUAUAGUUUUUGAUUAAAUAUGGAAAUGAAAAAAGUGUUUGUAACUGUAGGUACCACUAAAUUUCCGAAAUUAGUUGAUGCAAUUACUACUAAAGAAAUAAUAGAAUCUUUGAUAUCGAAGGGAUACAAUUUUAUUCAGAUACAAACAGGACGAGAUUUUUCAAAAGUUACACUUGAUCCUAAUAUAUCACCAACACCAAGUGUUAAGUCAAAAGGAAACUCUAUUAUUGUAAAUGUAUUUGAUAAAUUAACGCUCAAGUAUGAUCCUUAUUUUGAAAAUUUUACGGAAGAAGUUGAAAGUAGUGAUCUCGUUAUUAGUCAUGCUGGUGCUGGAAGUUGUUUAGAAGUUCUUCGAAAAAUGAAACCAUUAAUUGUAGUGGUUAAUGAAGAUCUGAUGGAUAACCACCAAGUUGAAUUAGCAGAGCAACUUCAAAAUGAUGGAUAUGUAUAUUAUAGUACCUGUUCCACUUUGAAUGAAGUUUUAGGCAAAGAUAUGUCAAAAUUAAAACCUUAUCCAAAGCCAAAUAUUCAUGUAUUUUCACAAUAUUUAGAUAAAUGUAUGGGAUUUACUGAAUAAAAUAUUUUAUAACGCUUGCGUA